UCCAGGGCGCGGUUACUGCACGAGCCUCCACUCUCGCGGCGGCUGUAUGGUGGAAAACACUUCAGAUCGUUCACGUCUUUCUCGGGACCGGCUUUAUGGUUAAACUACAAUCUUCAAUGAGUAAGCAUAUUCCACAGUUCUGUGGUGUAUUGGGUCACACAUUUAUGGAGUUUCUGAAGGGCAGUGGGGACUACUGCCAGGCUCAGCACAGUGUGUAUGCAGAGAAGUGAAGGGCGAGCCUUGCUACCUCACUGGAAGACAGACGUGUGUGAGUAUUUUAAAGUUGGCGGGAUCAGACACGGAGAGCAGGCGUCCACAGCAGCCAGGCCAGUCUGGAUGGGGUAAAAAAUCUCCAGAAGUGCACUGCCCUCGUUGGCCCUCCGUCUCCUCGUUCACCUGAGGACCAGCCUUUUUAUUUAUUUUUAUUUACCAGUUUUUUUUCACUGUUCUUUUGAUUUUCAUUCCCGGCGUUUGCACGCUCUCUCACUCAUCCUUUGAGUGAAGUCUCUGUGGAAGAUUUUUCUUCAGGUUUUUUUGUGGUCCUCUCAUUUUUGUAGACUUUUAUCACUUUUCAUUGUUAAUAAUGGCUCGUAUGAAUAGACCUGCCCCUGUGGAGAUCACCUAUAAGAAUAUGAGGUUUCUCAUCACCCAUAACCCUACCAAUGCAACUCUGAAUAAAUUCAUUGAGGAAUUGAAGAAGUAUGGUGUGACAACAGUCGUUAGAGUCUGUGAGGCAACUUAUGAUGCCAGCCUGGUGGCCAAAGAGGGUAUUCAGGUUCUGGAUUGGCCAUUUGAUGAUGGCGCGCCUCCUUCUAACCAGAUUGUUGAUGAUUGGUUAAACCUGUUGAGGAUGAAGUUUAGGGAGGAGCCAGGCUGCUGCAUUGCUGUCCACUGUGUAGCUGGCCUUGGAAGAGCUCCAGUCCUGGUUGCCCUUGCAAUGAUUGAGUGUGGCAUGAAAUAUGAAGAUGCUGUCCAGUUCAUCCGACAGAAGCGGCGUGGUGCAUUCAACAGUAAGCAGCUCUUCUACCUGGAGAAGUAUCGUCCAAAGAUGCGUCUUCGCUUCAAAGAUUCAAAUGGCCAUCGCAACAACUGCUGUAUUCAGUAGUCUGAGCAGAGACCCUGCUGCAAAAGCAGAAUCCAAGUGUUUCUCCAAUGUGGGCAGUGUGUUCUCUUAAGUUGGGAACGUAUAAAGAAAUUUCUAAAGAAAUGAAUAUGAUUCACUUGUGAGUACUCCCUUUUGUCUCAGUUUAACAUAGUAAAUGCUGUCUGUUGGCAAGUUCAAGUGCUUGUGUAUGCUUGUUAAAAUGUAAAGAAGGAUGCUAGUACAUUGCAUCUCUUAUUAGCCAUUGGCUUUUUUCCCCCCCCUUUGGCAAGUUGUCACAGGAGUGUGCUCUGCCAAACAAAGUAUUUCACAACCAUACAGCAUAGAAAUAAGUAUGAGUUAAACUUUGUCAGUUUUGUUUUUGAUGAUCUUUAGUCCAUCAUUACGAUGCCUGCCAUGUAAUGGUUCAUAUUUAAAUGCCUUAUUAAUGUGGGAAAGGCCAUUUAAUGGGGAUAAGUAUAUGGCAUUUGGUGUAGUUUACUUGUGAAAGAUGUGUAAGGCAGGAGAAUCGUGGAUUAAAAAAAGAACAGCUGUGGGGGGUUAUAUAUGGGAGCUGUGGGAUCUAGUUUGUUUUGUUUACUAAUUACUGCCAUGUCAAUAGUGUGAUGUUUGUUUGUGUUUUGGCUUCAAACUGGACCUCUGUGUUAUUUUGUAUGCAUUUUUAUUUGAUGUGCAUAACUUAAUACUUGGAUACUUGAUUUAUGUAUGAUAUUUGAAAUGUACAAUUAGACCGGCUAUUUAUACUAUUGGUGGGUAUGUGAUUUAGUAUAGUGAGAGAAGUUGUAACUGUUCACCAACUUGAGAGAGUACAUUAAAGAAUACACUGAGAA